AUGCACAAAGACAUCUCAAAGUUGAUACUAUAUGCUACACAUGGCAUUCUGACAGAACAAGACUCCCCACUUGGCUACCUGCUACUUCGAUGUCAAUAUAUCACAGAAACCGAUGAAGAGAAUGAAAAGGGCUGGAGCUUUCUGAAAUUGCACCUGACCAUGCACAUUUUCGAUGACAUUGAGGCUAAAGGCGUCACAAAGAACUACAAUACCAAGCUGAAUGAGCAAAUGCAUGGACCAUUGAAGAACUCAUAUCAACACUGGACCAACUUUAAGAACUUUGCAGAACAGAUUCUUUGGAUCGAUCACUGGCUACUUGUCUCAAACAACAUUUGUCAUCGUGUCGAGGACAUGGCCAAUUAUUUGAGGUCAAUGUCACAAGCUGAUGAAGUGGAUGUUGACGCUGAUGACCCCGCAAUGGAUGAGCUGGUCCUUUGGAUGGCUCAUCGGGAUGUUGACACAGGCUUUGUUGACUUCUGUAUUGAGCUUAAUGCCUUCCUUAAUGUUUUCCUACUGGCCUGUAACUUACCCCUACCCAAUGGGAAAAGAGUCCAGCUCCAACUGAGUGAUGCAAUAAGUACCUCUUAG